CUCUCAUCCAACGAAUCUAAUUGUCCGACACAGUCUCUCUUCAAUAACAAAAAACUAAAAAAAAACUUCUUUUUUUUUAUUCUACUUGAAUCUCGAAUAAUACUGUAGGCUACCCUGGUGGAAAUAACAUUAAAUAUUGUAGCUUUCCCCUUCUUGUUUCGACCUUCCUUCCUCUCUUUAAACUUCUCUUUUGCCUUUUAAAUCAGAUUCCUAAUCCAUAUCCAUUCUCAGCAGUAGCACCCUUCUCUGAUUACUGAGUUUUUAAAAGACAUCUAUUGAACAGUUCGUUGGAUGAAGAACAGAGAGAGUGAAAGUCUCUGUCUUUAAUGGGCAAUUCAUGCCGUCGAUCUUCUAAAGACAAAAUCUACCUAGGCAAUAACACUAAGCCUGAAGAUACCUCCAAAACCUCCACCAACGUCUCCUCAGAUCGCUCUAUUCCCACCGACCAAUCUCUCACCAACAACAACAACAACGCUUCAGAGAAUAAGGACAGCAACUCCAAGAAUCCAGCUCCUGUCAUCCCUUCUAAAGAACCAAUCAUGAGACGUAACGUAGACAACCAAGCUUACUAUGUUCUUGGUCACAAGACACCAAACAUUCGUGAUCUCUACACGCUUAGCCGUAAGCUAGGACAAGGCCAGUUCGGUACAACUUAUCUAUGCACAGAACUCGCCACGGGUGUUGACUACGCUUGCAAGUCGAUAUCCAAGAGGAAGCUGAUCUCUAAAGAAGAUGUUGAGGAUGUUAGAAGGGAGAUUCAGAUUAUGCACCAUUUAGCUGGUCAUGGUAACAUUGUGACGAUCAAGGGAGCUUAUGAGGACUCUUUGUAUGUUCACAUUGUGAUGGAGCUUUGUGCUGGAGGUGAGUUGUUUGAUAGGAUUAUUCAGAGAGGGCAUUACAGUGAGAGGAAAGCUGCUGAGCUGACUAAGAUUAUUGUGGGAGUUGUUGAAGCGUGUCAUUCUCUUGGUGUUAUGCAUAGAGAUUUGAAGCCUGAGAAUUUCUUGUUGGUUAAUAAGGAUGAUGACUUCUCCCUCAAGGCUAUUGAUUUUGGACUAUCUAUCUUUUUCAAACCAGGUCAGAUAUUCACUGAUGUUGUUGGGAGUCCAUAUUAUGUUGCUCCUGAGGUGUUGCUCAAACGUUAUGGGCCUGAAGCUGAUGUGUGGACCGCUGGUGUUAUACUGUAUAUAUUGCUAAGCGGAGUGCCACCGUUCUGGGCAGAAACACAACAAGGGAUAUUUGAUGCUGUAUUGAAGGGAUACAUUGACUUCGAUUCAGACCCUUGGCCUGUGAUAUCAGACAGUGCUAAAGACUUGAUCCGCAGAAUGUUAUGCUCCAAGCCUGCAGAGCGCUUGACAGCUCAUGAAGUCUUGCGUCAUCCAUGGAUCUGUGAGAACGGUGUUGCACCAGAUAGAGCACUUGAUCCAGCUGUUCUGUCACGUCUCAAGCAGUUCUCUGCAAUGAAUAAACUAAAGAAGAUGGCUUUGAAGGUUAUAGCUGAGAGUCUCUCAGAAGAAGAGAUUGCUGGUUUAAGAGAAAUGUUUCAGGCAAUGGAUACUGAUAACAGUGGUGCAAUCACAUUUGAUGAACUCAAAGCUGGGCUGAGGAAAUACGGAUCCACCUUGAAAGACACAGAGAUCCAUGAUCUUAUGGAAGCGGCUGAUGUGGACAACAGUGGGACAAUUGACUACAGCGAGUUCAUUGCGGCGACUAUCCAUCUCAACAAACUGGAACGUGAAGAACAUCUAGUCGCUGCGUUUCAGUACUUUGACAAAGAUGGAAGUGGUUACAUAACAAUCGAUGAGCUACAACAAGCGUGUGUUGAACAUAGUAUGACUGAUGUUUUCCUUGAAGACAUCAUCAAAGAAGUUGAUCAAAACAAUGAUGGAAAGAUUGACUAUGGUGAGUUUGUGGAGAUGAUGCAAAAGGGAAAUGCUGGUGUUGGGAGAAGAACUAUGAGAAAUAGUCUAAACAUUAGCAUGAGAGACGCGUAAGAGGUUGUUGCUUUUCCCUUGUGUGUUUAAUCUGUUGACUGCAAAGGUGUGUUCUUGUUCAUGGGAUCAACACUCUCAAUGCCUCACCACAUAGAAGAAGAAGGAGCUAAUGUUUAACGGCAUUGUGACUAGUCGUUUUUUCUUUUAGCUCUUUUGUGGUUGUUUGUAUGUUUGUUUUGUUAUGGCCAUUGUUGAAGUUAGUGACCUUUUGUUCAUCUUCAAACUGUUCAAUCUUUGUAUUUGCAAAACGAAAAAAUAUCUUUUUUAUGUUGUGUGUUUCUUUCUUAAGCAUGUUUACUUUGAAAACACUUUCUUCUUUCUAGACGAUAACGG